AUGGCCGGCACCCUUGCCGCACUGUGCGGAAUCGGUGGCGGGAUGGUCAUGGGUCCUAUUCUGUUAGAUCUUGGUUUCUUGCCGCAGGUUCAGAGUGCAACAACGGCCACUACGCUCUUUGUGAUGUCGACGUCAACUUGCCUCACCUUCUUGGUGGCAGGGACGGUGCCAGUGGACUACGUGGUGUGGUUGGCAGUGGCGACAGGCGUCGGUGCUGUUUUUGGGAAGGCAUUGAUCGGUUAUGCAGUGAAGAAGCUCAGGCGGCCUUCCAUCAUUAUGUUCCUUCUUGCAGGCAUCAUCGCGUUGUCAGUGGUAGUCUUAGCGAUCACUGGCAUCGUUGACAUUGUCAACGACAUCCAGCACGGUAGGGACAUGUCAUUUCAAAGCUUCUGCAGCGAGAUUGGCCCGCCCCCACCCAGGACCGGGAAGGGGAGACCUCCCCAGCGUGACUGA